GCAAGUUGGCUCGGCCGGCUCCUAGAUGCCUUUGUUGCUAGACCGGGGCUACUUCUGCGUCGUGCGGCAGGUCGAGCCUGGGGUCGAGGAGGCCUAAGCGCGGGCCCUUCCACGUCUGAGUGGCCGGAAGGAGGGCGGCGGCAGGGCCCGGCGUGGCGCCAGGCUGCCCUGCGAGGGUCGCGCGCGCGUUCCCGGGCCUCUGAGUGCACCGGAGCGGUGGACCCCCGGGGUCCCUCGCGCGUUCGCUGCGCCCUUCUCUCGCGGCAGUCGUCGCCUGCGCGGGCCAGGGGAGGGAGUCUCCAUGGAGCCUGGGGGCAGAGGUGACAAGUAGCGGAGUGUGGAAGUUUCUGCAAGUGCACUGCAAGGCAAGAGAAACUGUCACGGCUCCUAUCUCCGCUUGUAGGGUCGCUUUCUGAGGACUCAGACCUUCCCCGUGCUGAAAACCCAAAAGAAAAUGGCGUGACCACUGUGCUGCUGACCCCUGCAUCCCAGGAGUCAUUGGUGAUCAGGGACAUGGCUGAGGCUCUCACCCAGUGGGAGCAGCUGAACCCUCCUCGGGCAGAUGUGCCUGAGAAGCACAGGAAUCUGGUCUUGCUGGGGCUUCCAAUUUCCAAGCCUGAUGCAAUCUCUCAGUUGGAGUGUGGAAAGGAGCUGGAGAGAGAAGUCCCAAAAGCAACUCAUUCAGACUGGGAGACAAGACCAGAGAAUAAGGACCAAAUUCCAGAGCAGGAUACUUCUGAAGAAGAAUCAGCCCCUGGGGUAUUAAUAGCAAGAUUUCCAAAGGAAGGUUCUAAUGACUAUGAGGAUUCAUCAGAGAGUCAGCAGGAAAACCAUGAGAAACAUUUAAUACAGGAGGUUGUCACUCAGAAGAAAUCUUCUGGGGAGAGAAGUUACCAGUGUGAUGAAUUUGAGAGAAGUUUUAGUCGAAGGUCAUUACUUGUUCAGCAGCAAGGAGAGAGACUACAUAACUGUGAUUCAUUUAAAAAGAGCUUAAAACAAAAUUCAGAUCUAAUGAGGCAUGAGAAAAUGUGUGCAGAAAAGAAACCUUGGAAGUGUAACGAGUGUGAGAAAGCCUUUAGUUACUACUCAGCUUUUGUCUUGCAUCAGAGAAUUCACACAGGAGAAAAACCCUAUGAAUGUAAUGAAUGCGGUAAAGCUUUUAGCCAGAGUAUACACCUUACUCUACACCAGAGAAUUCAUACUGGAGAGAAACCCUAUGAGUGUCAUGAAUGUGGGAAAGCCUUCAGUCACCGCUCUGCCCUUAUUCGGCAUCAUAUAAUUCAUACUGGAGAGAAACCGUAUGAAUGCAAUGAAUGUGGGAAGGCCUUUAAUCAGAGCUCAUACCUCACUCAACAUCAGCGAAUUCAUACUGGAGAGAAACCUUACGAGUGUAAUGAAUGUGGGAAGGCCUUUAGCCAAAGCACAUUCCUUACCCAGCAUCAGGUCAUUCACACUGGAGAGAAACCCUAUAAGUGUAAUGAAUGUGGGAAAGCCUUUAGUGAUCGAUCAGGCCUUAUUCAGCAUCAGAGAACUCAUACUGGGGAGAGGCCUUAUGAGUGUAAUGAGUGUGGCAAAGCCUUUGGCUACUGUUCAGCCCUGACUCAACACCAGAGAACUCACACUGGGGAGAAACCCUACAAAUGCAGUGAUUGUGCCAAAGCCUUCAGUGACCGCUCAGCCCUUAUUCGUCAUCAGAGAACCCACACUGGAGAGAAACCUUACAAGUGUAAAGAUUGUGGAAAAGCUUUCAGCCAGAGCUCAUCUCUUACAAAGCAUCAGAAAACUCACACUGGAGAAAAGCCCUAUAAGUGUAAGGAAUGUGGAAAAGCUUUUAGCCAGAGUUCAUCUCUUUCUCAACAUCAGAAAACUCAUACUGAGGGGAAAACCAAAGAAUACGGAAAAGCCUUUACUGAGCAUUCAGCUUUUGGCCAACAAAAGAGAAUUCAUACUGGAUAAACACUGUAAAUGUGGUACAUUUGGAACAUAUUUAUUGAACAAUUACUAAACGUGGUGUGAGGGCUACAAAGGCAUUUAAGAAUGUGUUAGAAAAAAAUGCUAAUUGAGAAGUCAUUGUUGACAUGAGACAUAAUUUACUUAGAAUGUGAAGGAGGAGUUUUACUUUUUUUUCAGUGCAGCAGAGGACUUUGAAUUUCCCUGGGGAAAGAGGAAGAUUAUUUCCGGCACCCUAAUGUGUAUGUAAGCUUCCUAAUUCUUGAGAGAGAAAUAAUGUGCAGUGAUGGAAAGGAGACAUCUUGUCUGGGCUGGGUAGUCUCAAUGCUAAGGAGAUGGAGUUUUAAGGAGAUGUGCAUGGUUCUUUAGGGAAGUUGCAGAGGCAGAAAUAAGAGAUUGAGAAUUCACAAUGAGUUUGUCCAGGGUUGGGAGCGGAGGUGAAAGGGAAGUUGUCCUUAGGCUCAAGUACAAGGGCACUUAAGAGGUAGAUGGAAGGAUAGAGAAAGAGAACUAGGGGAGUGAACUCAAGAAAUGGUGAUUGAGAUAACUACUCAAGUGAGUGCUCCCAAUUGGGGAAACAGUCAAUAGACCUGUUAGUUGGUCAGUUGCAGUUUCUACCCUGAAGCCAAGGAACGUUUGGCCUGGCAGUCUCCUUUGCACUUUUUCUCAUUGACAUCUUGCUUACUGAUUUGCUGCCUGCUAAUAAUGUGACCCUUGUGUUAACUCCAAGGGUCAAGACUGACAGCCUAGAAAGUACAGAAGCGACCUUUGAUGUUUUGAUCUAUUUUAAGCUACCUAUUUGAAGCUAUGUUACCUGAGAAUGUGCUUAUUUAUAAAGAUGUUACCUCAUUGUCUGUAGUUAGUACUUUCGGCUUAUUCAUACCAUAGUAAAAUUUAGUUAUAGACCUGAGCUGACACCGCAUAUUGGAUUGUGAAAGACUUGAAAAGACUCCAAAUUACUUACCUUUCACCAUUUUGCUCUUGCAUAGAAGCAGAUGACGUCCUUGUAUAUAUAUAUUUUUUUCAUUGAAACUUCGAAGAUUGUUGUUGCACAUGUUUUGAGUAUUGUGUUUUUAGUUUUCCCAAGUUUGUGUGUCUUGGUGUGGAUUUCGAGUUUAUCCUGUUUUCUGAACUUCUUCAAUCUAUAGGUUUAUGUCUUUUGCCAUAUUUGGGGGAAUAUUUGGCCAUUAUUUCUUUGAAUACAUUUUUCGACCCUCACUCCUCUCCUUCCAGUACCCUGAUGACACGAAUGUUAGAUCUUUGAUUGUAGUUCCCUAGGUUCCUGAGGCUCUGUUUUUCUUUCUUCCCCCUGCCACCUCCCUGGUAUAUUUUAUCUCAG